UGAACGCUGCCGCUGGUUAAUAAUCGGAAACAUGGCGCUGUCUAGUGUGUUGAGGAGUGAGUCUGCGGAUUUUUGUGAUCGCUUUAACCGGCCUUUUGCGCCCGACUGUGGUCUUGAUCAAACGGAUCUGGGCUUCGGAGCCGCACAGGGAGACAGUCUGAACUUCGCCGUGACACCUCUAGUUGAAGGGGGUGAACCGGAGAGAAAAAUCGAGUUUCUUCACGGCACAACCACCCUAGCAUUUAAAUUUCAGCAUGGUGUCAUUGUGGCUGUGGAUUCCAGAGCUACAGCGGGCUCCUACAUCGCUUCCCAGACAGUGAAGAAGGUGAUUGAGAUCAACCCCUACUUGCUAGGCACCAUGGCAGGAGGUGCUGCAGACUGCAGCUUCUGGGAGCGCCUGCUGGCCAGGCAGUGCCGCAUCUAUGAGCUGCGCAACAAAGAGCGCAUUUCUGUAGCGGCUGCCUCCAAGCUCCUGGCUAACAUGGUGUAUCAGUACAAAGGCAUGGGCCUCAGUAUGGGGACAAUGGUCUGUGGCUGGGACAAGAGAGGACCAGGGCUGUACUACGUGGACUCUGAGGGCAACCGCGUAUGUGGAGACCUGUUCGCAGUGGGGUCUGGCUCAAUGUACGCCUACGGUGUAGUUGACAGUGGCCUUCACCAUGACCUGACCAUAGAGGAGGCAUGCGACCUUGGCCGCCGUGCCAUCUACCAAGCCACCUACCGUGAUGCCUACAGCGGAGGCCAAGUCAACCUCUACCGCAUCCAUAGUGAGGGUUGGGAGAGGGUCUCUCAAGAAGAUGUUCUUCAGCUACACCAGAAGUACCAGAGCGAGAAAGCAUAGAGGGACGUGUUGAGGAUAAAGAGGGUAUGAGAUAGGGGAAAGAGUAGAGAGGAAUCAAAGGCACUUCUGGUAAAAAACUGAAAUCAAAACAGCAGAAUGACUCUCUCCAGUUUAAGUUUUUUACCAGAGCUGGUUUGUCUGUACAUGAGAACAUAAAUUCUCUCUCGCUCUUUUUCUUUCCAAUCUCUCUUUCAGUGAAGUUAGAUCACUUUCCGUUAUUUUUCUCAUGUUACUUAUUGAAUUUUCAGCCAGUUUUAGUAGUAUUACAAUCCCAGCCAUUGAUCUUCAAUUCCACUUGCUGUUUGUGAUUAAAAAUAUGGGGGUGCUUUAUCCCAGUGGACAACGUGACAAGCCAAACCUCCUGCUGGCCUGCUCUUCCUGAGUGGGAGUGGGCUUCUGUUGUUCUUCUCAUAUAUUAGCACUACCACAGUUACUAAACCUACUUUCAAUAAACCUUGGAUUUGUUUUUGCUAUCUGA